AUGGGGUUCUCUUUCCCCGGGCACGACAGGAGACCGAGAGGAGACGACCGUUUCAUCCUCUUCUCCCCUUUCUCCCCGUGCGGCGACCAGCCCAAGGCAAUCGAGCAGCUUGUGACGGGCCUGCGGCAGAGCCUCCGCUUUCAGACCCUCCUGGGAGCCACAGGCACGGGCAAAACUUUCGUAAUGGCCAACGUGAUCGUCCAGCAUCAGAAACCGACGCUCAUCCUCGCCCCCAACAAGAUGCUCGCAGCCCAGCUGUGCAACGAGCUGAAGGAGCUGUUCCCCAACAAUGCGGUGGAGUACUUCGUGUCCUACUACGACUACUACAGGCCCGAAGCUUACCUCGCCGUCUCCGACGUGUUCGUGGACAAGGUCUCAGUUGUCAACGACGACAUCGACCGCUUGCGGCACUCGGCCACUCGCUCCCUCUUCGAGCGACGAGACACAGUUGUCGUCGCUAGCGUCAGCUGCAUCUACGGGUUAGGAAUGCCGUCGGAGUACCUCAGAAACUCCCUCCUCCUCCACGUGGGGGCCCAGUGCUCCCCCCUCGCCUUGGCCUCCAAACUUCGCCUCCUCCACUACGUGUCGAACGAGCUCAGCCCUGCGAUCAGCAGAGGACAGAUCUACGUGCUCAGCGACGGAGCGAAGGCUCGUGGAGACAAGGAGGGAGGAGGUGCACUGUCGGAUGAGGAACAAGGUUGCUUGUUGAUCGGGCCCUCCCACACCGACAGCAUCUUGAGAUCGAAUAGGAACAUCAGCGAGAUCGUGAUCUACCCGGCCAGCCACUUCGUCACGUCGUCGGAAGACAAGCAGAGGAUUCUGCAUGAGAUCAGGACUGAGCUCUACGAUAGGGUGGCGGAGUUGGAGGAGAAAGGCUCCUUCCUGGAGGCAGAGCGGCUGACUCAGAGGACAGAGUCAGACCUGAUGCAGAUCGAGGCGGUAGGAUACUGUCGCUCCAUCGAGAACUACGCCCGGCAUUUGUCCGGUCGGAAGGCCGGAGAGCCUCCGGACUGCCUUGUCGACUACUUCCCCCAUGAGGACUGGCUGCUCAUCGUCGACGAGUCUCACAUCACGGUCCCUCAAGUUCGAGGCAUGUACUUCGGAGACAGGAUGAGGAAGGAGACGCUUGUUCGCCAUGGCUUCCGCCUCCCUUCCGCGCUCGACAACCGCCCGCUGCAGGAGGAAGAGUUCUGGUCCAGAGUCCACCAGUGCAUCUUCGUCUCCGCCACCCCUGGGCAGUGGGAGCUUCAGCAGAGUUCGUUGUGCAGGAGCGGCGAUGCAAGCAUGGAGGAGGUGACGGAGCUGAUCAUCAGGCCCACGGGCAUCCUUGACCCGAUCGUUCACACGAGGAGCGCGGUAGGGCAGGUGGACGAUCUCCUCAAGGAGAUCCUGCAGAGAAUAUCGAGGAGGGAGAGGGUACUGAUCACAACCUUGACCAAGAGGACGGCGGAGGAGGUCUCGAGCUUCCUCAGGGACCAUGACCUCAAGGCAGCAUGGCUGCACUCAGAGGUGAAGUCAAUGGAGAGGCUCAAGAUCGUUCACGCCCUGCGCGCUGGCAAGAUCGACGUGCUUGUAGGCGUCAACCUCCUGCGCGAGGGCCUCGAUAUCCCCGAGGUCUCGCUCGUUGCCAUCUUGGACGCAGACAAGGAGGGUUUCCUCCGCAGCGACCGCAGCCUCAUCCAGACCAUCGGCAGAGCGUCGAGGAACGUGAACGGGACUGUCAUCCUCUACUGCGAGACAGUCACCAACUCGAUGGCUCGAGCCAUCGCAGAGACAGAGAGGAGGAGGAGGCUUCAGCUGGCGUACAACGAGAAGAACAACCUUACCCCGAAGCCGCUAGUUAAGCCCUUGUCAAACUCCAUCCUGGAUCUCAUCCUACCGGCAAAGGCCAAGAGGUCUGCCAAAGAGAGUGACCUGCUGGAGUUGGAGGAGAUAGUCGACGAUGGUGCAGAACAGAAUCUUCAGAGCGGGGAGGGAUGUUCAGUGGAGGAGGCACCCAUCAAGUACCACCCGCUCCUUGGCAGUGUCAACGGGCACAGUGACAAGAAGAACAGGACGAAAGGUGGCAGGAAGACGAAGAAGGGGGACAGGGCCAAGGCUGAUGUCGAUGCAGCCACGCAGAGGCAAGUCAGCAGUCUGAUCAAGAGCACAGCAAUCGACCUCCUUCACCUGUUGAGGAGUUGA